UGGCAGUGCAAUGGUUACGCUGCGUGCGUCUCAAGGGCAAAGGAAAUGAGGAAACCGAUCACAACAAGUAAUGAAGACUCAGACCUCUCUCUGUGUCUGUGGACUAUGCUGCUACUCCCGUGUUAGCUGUGCUGCCAUGUCAGUGCAGGAUGUCAUUCCUGUCAUAUUUAUAAGAGGAUAAAAAAACCGGCAAGAUGCGCCUGGAGGGGAAACGUCACAUUUUCAGAGGGAGCGACAGUGUGGAGAGACUGUAACCGAGCCGGGGAGCGGAAUUUGCUGCACUGUCCAGCUCUGCACGGCGGGAUAAAGCUUCGGAUCUUUACCGGAUAAGCGUCCUAUAGUUGGAUGAUGCGUUUUUUUCAGCCACACAGGGGAUUCAAUGAUCGCACCACGUUUCAGCGGGAAUCUGGAUGAUCCUCUGGUCACGCCACCCGGACCCCCACACCGGCUUUAUGGGCUCAGCACCAAUAGACUGACCUGGAAUAAAUAAAAGAAAGCAUCAGUCAAAGUUUGAAUAAGUCUCAUUUGGGAAAAAUCAGGAUUUAAAGGUUACGUUUCCACGAUUUGAUAGGGCUAUUUAAUUAUUACUUAAAAGUGAUAUAUUUUCUGUCUAUAUUUUAAAAUAAGUGAAGGGAGGGGCAGGCCUAGUCCUCUCGUGUUUGACUAAUUUAAAUGUGAUAACAAACUAUAAUACUUAAGGAACUGACUUUGGGUAUUAUUAACACGAUCAUUCAGUUUCAAAUGCAACAAGAUAAAGUUAUUAUUUAACAUCUGAGGAUGCCACCCUUGGUGUCCUUUCAAGGAAGGGAGCCUGGAGAAUGAAAGCGGGAUUUCUGCGUCUUUAAUCGGACCCAGAGACAGUCGGACAAACCACCUUCUGUUUUUCUUUUUUUGGAUCGGUCCAAAACAUAUUUUUGCGUGCCCCUUUGGACUCCUGCACAAUGGGGAUUAUGCUUCAAGUUAUUCUAGGAAUGUUUCAAUUCCUGCUUCUCACUAGAAUACCGACGUCCCAUGCCAAGCUCGCCCACUGGCGGCCUGCAGACACCCCAAAAUCACGGGAAGGUAGGGAAGUGCGCCGGUGGUUGGAGGUUUAUUCUCGGAGUGGCUGUGAGCCUCGAGACACUCUGGUGGAGGUUUGGCGGGAGUUACCGGGGGAGACGCACCAUCUCUUCGUCCCAUCCUGUGUGUCAGUGAUGCGAUGUGGUGGCUGCUGUGCUGACGAGGCCCUGGAGUGUGUUCCCUCCCUUACAAACACAAUCACCAUGGAGCUGAUGAGAACCUCCUUUAUGAAACAUGAGCUUGUUGAGCUGCCGUUCGUAGAGCACAGUCAGUGUGAGUGCAGAUUAAAAGUUCAAGUCCAGCCAACACCUACUACAAGGCCUCAUCUAAAGCCAACAAGAACAGACAAGAAAAGGGAGAGAGGAAAGUCCAGACAGAAGACCAGUGGAGCCUUCAGAGCCGUGACACAUGCUCCCCCAACUCUUCCUCCUCCAUCCACCCCUCCCAUCAGCUUCUCUCCCUCUCCGUCGCCUUCUCCAAGGCCUCGUUGCCACCCUUGCAGAGGGAGGAAAUGGGCGCUGGAUGUCACGUCCUGUCAGUGCCAUUGCACCAUCAGAGCUGAGAGCUGCAUCCAGAAAAACCGGAGCCUCAACACGCGUCGCUGCAGGUGUGAUGCCAUGAGGACUUGAUGUGUCCUGUCACUGUCUUUUCACCUCCUUCUUUACACCAACACCUGUUGAUUCAUCCCCAACUCCGCACCAGUGCCAUGGAGCAUACAGACGCUUGGACAUCAAAUAACCUCAGACUGAAGGAAAUAUUAGUGGGAGCACACACAAAAACCUGUUGUAACUACAAGUGCAGCAUAACAUAACCUAAAUUUAGAUCUAGUUUUGUGUGUGUGCAGCCAAAAAUCUCCCCGCCUCUCACCUGCUUCAGUGGCAAAGCUUCUUUCAGUCCACAUGCAUGUACAGACAUGUAGAGUCCCCGUACACAUCCCAUGAGUGGAGGGAUGAGUGGCAGCUUAAUGGCGUGGAUUUCAUACAAAUUCUUUCUUGGUGGAAACAAUCACAAAAGCUACUCAUUUACGCCCUCCAUUGGAACAUAUACAUUUAAGAGAGCAGUACAAAACACGACUGAUUGAAAGAAAAAAUUGGAUGUGAAGUGGACGGGUCUUACAAAGGUGUCCUACAUGUUUUGGUAUUUGCAGGAAAACUGCACAUGGAAAUGUAUUCCAGGGUGAAUUCAGGCCGUUUUUUGGUGCAGAGGAUUUGAAAGAAAAGGCAACUAAUUUUAGAUGGACACGCCCACACUUAGACAUACCAGAAGGACACAGGACAUGCGCAUGAACUGGCCCCAGUGUGCACGGACCUAUAGUUUAGCUGAAUACUGGCAUGGAGAGUAUCUGUGUGGUCUCUCCACUGAAAGACCCAGAUGGGAUAUCCCUGCAGCCGUUCUCUCUCAUUCAAAGCGUAUGACCACGGGCUGGCUCUCCAAGCCGCUUUCCGGCAUUUGUUUAAUUUGGGCCCUUUGUCUCCAUCUUCCCUCGGCUCCUCUGUUGAAAGCAGCCGCUUUGCCUCUCUUUGCCUCUCUUUGCCUCUCUUUUAGGCAGUGAGGAGAAUGACAAUAAUGAGGCCUGGCGGCUAUCCACUGCUUCACACAGACAUUCACACUUAUAAUACCAGGAACACAGACAACACUGCAAAUGCAGACACACUCAACCUGACUCACUUUGUGCUAUAGCAGGCACACACACAUUCAUAUUUACCAAGAUGCAAUGCGGAUUGAGCAUUCAAGCAUAAGCAUUUGGGUGCAAAAAUUGUUGUUUUUAUUUGCAGUUUACUGCAAAUUCUUCAUUUAAUAUUGUAUUAUUUGCCUCACAUUUUUUAUUUUAAUAUAAUUCUGUCAAGUUGAUUGAAAAGAUAUUCUAUAUUGCAGAAUGUGUUUCUUUGUUUUGUUUGUUCAUCUUUAAUCCGUCUGCAUAAAGAGUCACGCUGGGUGGCCGGCGAUGUAUACAUUCAGCAUUUAAACCGAUACCCAAAUGUAUUGAAUUUAAACAGACAUGGCUCACAAGGGCAGCAAAUGGGAGACUAUAUACAUUAUAAUGUGUAAUUCAAACAAUCGGCGGGGCAGUUUUAUCCACAGCAGCAAACAGAAACCAACAAAUAACCGUUCCCAGUGCAGUGAAAGCAAAACAUGGCUGCUUUUGUUGCAACUUAGAGAAAGGAUGUAAAUACUAUUAUUCAUUUGGAACAUAACUUGUUUAUAUUCUGACCGAAUCUCACGGUUUAACUCCAUGUUAGUUCAUGACUGCUUGGCCGCUGGUUGGGAACGGGGAUUUGAACUGUGACUGUUUGAGAAAGGACGAGGUCUUGAGCAGCUUGUCAGUCAGUGUGAGGUGCUAAAGCAAGAGCUCAGAGAACCCAUUAUGGCGGGUCACUGAGUUUAAACCCAUUUUUGACACUGAUUCAGACCUUUUGUCCUGUGCUAAAUUUUUCCUGAGAAUAUUUUACCAGUGACGUCUUAUCUCCAGGACAAACAGUAGCUCUGACACUACAUAAUUCAUGCCCUCCUCUCCCCCAGGAUUUAUACAAUCCUACUGUUGAAACAGUCCAGAGUCUGAAUUAUUUGUGUGUCAGACUCCAGCUAAAGAACUUUGUGUCAGUGGCCGGUGUGAUAAGCUCUGUAUUUAUACUCUCCUGAAAUGAGAUUAUUUUUUCCACGCUAGAGUCCAUUGUUCAGUGUUUGUUAUUACUGUCAAUCAAUGCUUCAAUCACUACCUCUAUAUCACAACAUAUUAAUGACCAAGUAUUAGAGCAAUGUUGUUACUUUAUCUGUGUUAUUUCAGACCUCUUUUUGUAAUUUGUAUUGUCAUUUAGAAUAAGCAUAGUCUCCAUUGUAGAAAUGUGGAACUGCAGCAGAUCUAUAGUGAUUAUCACUGAUUUAGAGGAACCUAUAGGAUUUUCUGUGUGCGUUUAAAUAAUCUGAAGGGAAGCAUUUCUCAUAUGAGAAGAACUGAACAAGUACAGACCAGACACUGUGUGAAAUGUGGAACAGAGGCGGUUUCUCAAAGAGUUUGUAGGUUCAAACUAUAUAAUAUCUUGAAGUACUGGCUUCCAAAGAGAAGAUGGACAUUUUAGGUAAUGAAGCUAUUUCGCUUUUUGCUGAGUGUUAUGACAAGAUUGAUACCACCUUUUUCAUCUUUGCACAGAAAAUAUGAAGCUGGACACAGCAAUUAGUUAGCCUAUCUUAGCAUAACAAGUGGAAACAAGGGCAAACAGCUAGCCUGGCUCUCCUCGGACAGAAAAAAUAAAGUCCAUGUAGAAGCAGCAGCAGCACUAAAAUGUACAAGUUAACACCUUAAUCACUUUUAUUUAUUCUGUGAAGUGUGAAAACAACAGGUUAUGGUUUUAGCAAGCAACAUAAUAAUGAAUUCACUUCAGAGACAGAGUGUGACUUUUAGACAGAGCCAGGAUAUCUGUUUACCCUAGAGAGAUGGCUAUCAACCUUCUCAUGUAACUCUCAGCAAUAAAGCAAACAAGCAUGUUACACAAAUGUUUAAAUUAUGAAUAAGUAAUUAAUGCAUUUGUUAUUAUAUCCUUAGUUCUUCGAUAACAUUGCAUUUUGUAAACAAAUAUUUUGGGAAACCUGAGAGUCUCAGUACAGAUUGCACUUGUGUUUAAGAUUGCAGAGAACAUACUGUACAAUAUUCCGUUGGGGAGAAAAACUGAAGGAGCAAAUAGACUCCACUCAUGCAGACAUGUACGACAUAUCAGAGACAUAAUGGCAAAAGAGCUGAGGCGCUGAGAUCCCUUUUUGAGCGCCUCUGUUCUUACUUCUUUAGACCAAAUUUUCUUUAUUGAAAUUACAAAAUUCUUAACAAUUAAAGCUGCAAACCCAUCAGACAGCAUAAGGUUGCUUCCUAUAAUUUCAACACCACUUUUUAAGAUAUACAGCUUGGACAUUUUAAUAUACAACAAAAACAUCAGUGUGCUCAGUCAACAUUACUCUGUAAAGGUAGCUCUGUUCUAGCCUCCAGUGACUUAGCCUAUAGAGACCCCUUACUAAACUAUAUAACAAUUCAUAAUCUCUAAUAUGCCGUAGUACCUAGUGUAUACUCUAGAGAUGUAUUUGUAACAUCAUUUUAGCUAUACUUAAAGAUCUCUUCUCUGCGAAUACAUUGUACUAAUGUAGCCUACGUAUCUGUAAAGAAAACACUCUUUUUUUGCUGCUACACCAUUUGUGCCCUUUUAUGAUGUCUUUGUAGAAAAAGUGUUAUGUUGAAUUAGUAUAUAAAUGCCAAUUAAUCGAUUCAAUGUCCACAUAAAAGUGUAUACUGCAUCGUCAAUUAUAUUGAAAAUGAUACCAGGAUAAAACCAUGAUGUUACAGAUGUUAAUAAAGGAAAUGUCUUAUUUUUCAUAUAAA